AGUGCAUUUCUCGGGUGGGGGUCGGUGUUUCGGAAGUUUACGACGAAACUCAAACUCGACCGGCGAACGAGGAAAAUUGCGUGAUAAAAAUCACAGGAAAGAUAUUCGAGGAUUAUCGUGGUUUUAAAUCCCAUGUGAUCCGCCGUUUUUUUUCGCGUCGAAAAAUAGCCGCGUUAUGGGCCUAAUUUCAGAUCCACUUCUGUUCGCGAUUGCGUUGAUAGACACGGGCUCUAUUUUGUUUCUCCUUGUGUAUUAUAUUAUAACACUAUCGGAUCUCGAGUGUGAUUAUUUGAAUGCGCAAGAAUGUUGUUCAAAAUUGAAUAUGGGAGUGUUACCCAAAUUAAUAGCGCAUACAUUUUUAGUAUUUCUUCUAUUGAUACAUGGACAAUUAAUAUUAACAUUGGUAAACAUACCAAUGACGCUAUGGCUGUUUUAUGAGUAUUUUGGUGUUCCCAGUGGAAAUAUGGGGGUUUAUGAUCCUACGGAGAUUCAUAAUCGCAGCCAAUUAAAGAGAUACACGCGAGAUUGUAUGAUUCAUCUUGGAUAUUGCCUAGUAUUCUUUUUCAUCUAUCUUUAUUGCAUGAUUGUGGCAUUGCUCAAGGGAGAUCCCAUCAAUAGGAAUGAUGAUACUAUAGUAGAAUUAUAAAAAGAUUAAGGCACAUCAUAAAUCUUUUUUGUACUCAUGUUUGUGCUUUUUUUAUAUUACAGUGAUCUGUCUAAGAAUUUUAAUUCUACUAUAUAUUUAAUACAUAGUAUACAUCACAUUCUUUAAAGAAUAAGAAUAUCAUUGUAGCAAUUCUCUUUUUAUCAUAUUGCUUAGACAUCUAAACAAUGUGUUGUUCUCGAGUGACUGUUAUAGUUUAUGGUUCUUAUUUAUUUCAAGCUAGAAAUAGAUAACUUCAAAAUAAAUAUUUAUUUUUAUCUAUUCUAAUACUUGAAUUCCUCUGAUUUGAAGGCCUCAAAUUGUUGUACGAAGUCUCUAGUGAAAUAAAUGGGAACUAUAGAAAUAUAAAAUAAAUACCAAAUAUAUCAUUGUAUCCAAAUGUACUGCUUGCUAAUAAGUAACUUACACAAAUGUAAGUUUCUAGUCGUAAAAACGUAAGCAGAAGUUUGUAUUAUAAUGGAGAUUGUGUUUAUAAGGAUUACAAUAUAUAGUGGUAAUAUUUUAAUAUUACACAUUUUAUUGUUCAA